AUAAACAGGGCAACCGAAGCAUGUGCUGAAUAUGGGCUAAAACUUCAUACUUCUAAGACAAAACUUAUGGUUGUCAGCAAAACGGAGUUACAACCAACAAAUAUCAGAGCGUAUGGAAUAGAGCUAGAAAGAGUCCACAAUAUUACCUACUUGGGUGCAAACGUUAACGAUAACUGGGAUAUAAAUAAAGAAGUAAGAAUACGCAUUAAAAAAGCCAGAGCCACCUUCUAUAAAUUAAACAAAAUUCUAAUUAAUAGCGAUAUUACGUUAAACCUUAAAAUCAGAUUAAUACGCUGCUAUAAAUUCUCCACAUUGCUGUAUGGUAUGAAAAGCUGGACCCUUACAGAGACAUUAAUAAAAAAUUAGAGGGCUUUGAGAUGUGUAUUUAUCGACGGGUAUUGCGGAUGGAUAAGUUGGAUUGAUCGAAUUUGAAAUGAAAUAUUUUUACCUCGAAUGAAAAAGAGCACAGAAAUAACAAAAACGAUAAAAAUUCGAAAGACAUCCAGAGAGGUAUAACUUUCUACACCUCACAAUACAGGGUAA